AUGAAGAUAAGGAGCCUCUCCUCCUUUUACGUCUCUCUGUGGUUGCUAUUCACAGCAGUGAUAUUCAAAGUUGUAGAAUCAGCCAAAGGAAAAUAUGCUCACAUGCUGUUUAAUGAGCUAUUUGAAGACUACUCCAAUGCUCUAAGACCAGUGGAAGACACAGAUAAAGUACUGAAUGUCACCCUUCAGAUCACACUGUCCCAAAUUAAAGACAUGGAUGAAAGGAACCAAAUUUUGUCAGCUUACUUAUGGAUUCGACAAAGCUGGUAUGAUGCAUACCUCAGAUGGGACAAAGAUAAGUAUGAUGGGUUGGAUUCUAUCAGGAUUCCAAGCAGUUUGGUUUGGAGACCAGAUAUUGUCCUAUAUAACAAGGCUGAUGAUGACUUUUCAGAACCAGUAAAUACUAAUGUAGUGCUGAGAUAUGACGGAAAAAUCACUUGGGAUGCACCUGCUAUCACAAAGAGCUCUUGUGUAGUGGAUGUGUCUUAUUUUCCUUUUGACAGCCAGCAGUGCAACCUUACCUUUGGGUCUUGGACCUAUAAUGGUAAUCAGGUAGACAUCAUCAAUUCUCUUGACAGUGGUGACCUCUCUGACUUCAUAGAAGAUGUGGAAUGGGAGAUUCAUGGUAUGCCAGCAGUUAAGAAUGUUAUCACUUAUGGCUGCUGCUCUGAGCCUUAUCCAGAUGUCACCUUCACGCUGAUUUUGAAAAGGAAGUCCUCUUUCUACAUAUUUAAUCUGUUGCUUCCUUGCAUUUUGAUCUCUUUCCUGGCCCCACUGGGAUUCUAUCUCCCUGCAGACUCUGGUGAGAAAGUGUCUCUGGGUGUUACAGUUCUUCUUGCUCUGACUGUGUUCCAGCUGAUGGUUGCAGAGAUCAUGCCCCCAUCUGAAAAUGUACCUUUGAUAGGAAAGUACUACAUAGCAACUAUGACAAUGAUCACAGCUUCCACUGCAUUGACAAUCAUUAUAAUGAAUCUCCAUCACUGCGGCUCAGAAGCAAAGCCUGUUCCACAGUGGGCCAAGGUGGUUAUUUUGGACUACAUGUCAAAAAUCUUUUUUGUUUAUGAUGUGGGCGAAAAUUGCACAAGUCCGAAAAGAGAGAAGGAAGAAGAACGCAGGUUAGAGGGGGAUGAUGGAUGUCAGAGGAGGCACAAAGAGGUAAGGAGUCCUCUUUCCACUAGGAAUGAUGACUGCAACCUCAAGGAGAAGCUCAAUGGAAAUUGGAAUAAAAGCUAUGGAGUUCAUGGUGAAAAUGUUAGGGAGACUGUUAAUUGCUGUUCUUGUUACAAGACGCUGAUUAAAAAUAUCGAGUAUAUUGCUAAUUGUGUAAGAGACCAUAAAGCAAACCGGGCCAAAGGAAUUGAAUGGAAAAAAGUUGCGAAAGUGAUGGACAGGUUUUUCAUGUGGAUUUUCUUUAUCAUGGUGUUUUUCAUGAGUGUGCUGAUCAUUGGGAAAGCUGCCUAACUGAAAACGAAUAUGUUCCUUUUGUAAAUCUGAAUAUUCUAUGUUAGUUUGUUUAGGAGGAGUUCUGUGACAGGAGUGCUUUUGAGAUCUUUGUCUUGCAUUCUGUAACAAGAAACAAUGUGAUUCUGUAGGCUGUGACAGUGAGUUGGGACAUUGCAUUACUGAGGUCUUUGCUGGUGACAGCCCUUGCCUUUCAGUGUGGGUGUGCUGAUGAGGCUGCAGGAUAAGCAGCCAGUGUUCCACCUUGGGGAGUGGUGGCCAUGACUUCAGGCUGUCUGGGCCAGAGCAUUGCAGCAGUGGAGCAGACAGCCUAGCAGG